GAAACAGGAGAUUACGUCGUCGUUUCCGUUGAUGAUGAGAUUUACGAUCCCAAUCGACGUAUAAACAUCAUAAAAAGGGAUUAUUUGGACCCUUUUUUAAGUGAACCUUGGGGUAACACCACCGAUUACAUGGGGUUCAGAUCAGUAUUGAAACUCACCCCAUCUCAUCCCCGAAACCCUGAAUACAAAACUGUUUGUGAAAAAAUAAAAGCUACCUCAGCUUUGGCUCCAUUUUGCGUCCCUUACCAUCGAAAAAUAUUCGAAAGCAUCAACGUUCCAAUUCAUGCUGCUUAUUUAUACGACGCCGUUAUGAUUUACGCGAGAGCUUUAACAGAGAUUUUCGACAAUCAUGAAGAUCCGAGAAAUGGUACAGCUGUUUUAGAGAAGAUUUUAAAUAGGUCUCAUCGAUCAAUCCAAGGAUACGAUAUCUACAUCGAUAGAAAUGGGGACGCUGAAGGUAACUUUACCGUUGUAGCUCUUUUAGAUGAUUUAGAGAUUAACUCUUCACUUAGAAUGAGUAUGCAACCGGUUGGUUAUUUUCAAUAUGAUUCUAAUACCACAGGUCUUCUUGAUUUACCCGAAUUUAAGUACAUUGAUAUGUCGCGUCCUAUUCAAUGGGUUGGAGGUAAAUUACCAAGAGCUGAACCGGUUUGUGGAUUUAGGGGCGAAAGGUGUAUUUAUAAAACAGAUUGGAGGCUGAUUGGAUUAAUGUUUAUUGCUUCGAUGAUUAUACUAGUUGUGAUACUUUUCGCGUUUAAGCAUUAUAGAUACGAACAGAAAUUAGCUUGCCUCUUAUGGAAAAUUGAUAUGAAAGAUGUAACAAUAAUUCCAACUCAAACGACGGAAUCUGCCACGAAAGGAAGAACCAUGAUCCAAGUUUGCAGACAUAGCGUUUUUCAAGCUGGAAGUUUAGCAGAAAUUGUCGAAAAUAAUCCAAAAACGGCAUACACUAAAAUUGGUUUGUACAAAGGAAACAUCGUAGCUAUUAAAAAAAUUUAUAAGAAAUCAGUUGAUUUAACCCGAUCGAUUAGGAAGGAAUUAAAACAGAUUAGAGAAGUAACCCACGAAAAUUUAAUGCCAUUUAUCGGGGCUUCAGUAGAACAUAGAAAUAUUGCGAUUUUAACCACUUAUUGUGCGAGAGGAAGUCUUGAAGACGUUUUAUUGAAUGAUGAUCUUCAUUUAGACAAUAUGUUCGUUUCUUCUUUAGUUACAGAUAUUUUAAAGGGAUUAAUUUAUUUACACGAUAGUGAAAUAAUUAGCCAUGGAAAUCUUCGCUCAAGUAAUUGUUUGAUCGAUAGCAGAUGGGUUUUACAAAUUACCGAUUUUGGUUUACACGAAUUUAAAGCUGGUGAAGAUUACCCCGAUUUGCCAUUAAAAGAGGAACGUAGAAAUUUAUACAAAGCACCUGAAUUAUUGAGAAAUCCAGAUCAUCAUCCUAGAGGAACCCAAAAAGGUGAUGUUUACUCCUUCGGAUUGGUUUUAUACGAAAUAAUCGGACGAAAUGGCCCUUGGGGGAACAUUAAUUUAUCUUCAUCUGAAAUUAUUGAAGAAGUGAAAAAAAUUCAACCGGAACCAUUUAGACCCGAUCUAGAAUGUUUAGGAGCUGCGGAUUACAUCACGAAAUGCAUAAAAUCCUGUUGGCACGAAGAAUCCGAUCAACGUCCCGAUAUCCGAUUUGUUCGUGUCCUAUUGAAACAGAUGCAAGCUGGUUUAAAACCGAACAUUUUUGAUAAUAUGCUGGCUAUUAUGGAAAAAUAUGCAUAUAAUUUAGAAGGCUUGGUUCAGGAAAGGACCAACCAAUUGACUGAGGAAAAGAAGAAGACUGAUGCUUUAUUAUACAGAAUGUUACCGAAGUCCGUAGCUGAGUCAUUAAAACGAGGUGAUCGAGUUGAAGCGGAGAGUUUUGAUUCGGUUACCAUUUAUUUUAGCGAUAUUGUCGGUUUCACUGAAUUAUCAGCGAGCAGCACUCCGUUACAAGUUAUUGAUCUUCUCAAUGAUUUAUAUACAUUAUUUGAUUCAAUUAUUUCUCAUUAUGAUGUUUAUAAGGUAGAGACUAUUGGAGAUGCUUAUAUGGUAGUUAGUGGAUUACCCAUUCGAAAUGGUAAUAGACAUGCGGGAGAAAUAGCUUCUAUGGCUUUACAUUUACUUAGUAAAAUCAAAAAAUUUGAAAUUAAGCAUAAACCAGGAGAAUUGUUGCAGUUAAGAAUUGGUAUUCAUUCCGGUAAAUGCGUUGCUGGAGUUGUCGGAUUAAAAAUGCCAAGAUAUUGUUUAUUUGGUGAUACCGUUAACACAGCCUCACGAAUGGAAAGUAAUGGCCAAGCUUUUCGAAUACACAUAUCCUUCGCGACUUUUCUACUUUUACAAAGUUUAGGUGGUUAUAAAUGCGAAGAAAGAGGCAUUAUACCCAUAAAAGGUAAAGGAGAAAUGAAAACUUACUGGUUGACAGGAGAAGAUCCCAGUCAACGUUUAGCAAGGAUUCAAAGCGACCUUCAAGGAUCGUCAUUAUUUAGCAGUUUCAGCUCAGAUAUGUUAAGCGAAACUCCGGAUUUACUUCGAGGACCUGGUGUUAACUUGGCAACAAUGGAAAUUAAGGAACAUCCCCCGAGUGCUUCACAAUCUGAAUGCCCUCUUUUGCAACUACACGAAAGGGCUCGUCAAGCUUAUUCGAUGACUUUCAACCAGAUGGCGUAUUGGACUAAUUCUUCCGCGCAACGAAAUUCCACAUAAAUGUACAAACCUAAAUAGGAAGAUUUUAACUUCUCGCCGAGGGAAUCUUAGCUUGCGUCAUACGAAACGAACUUGUUGAUAUAGGCGCCCGUGGGAAUACGAUAGAAAGGGAAGGAAUAGAUUAUUAGAUACGUGAUGGGUCAAAAUGUCUUAUUUACAACUUGCAGACUCGACUUAUCUAGGGUAUUUAUAGAUAUAUGACGAGUUCGGAAAAGUAAUUUGUGUAUAAUUAUUGGAAAAUGUAAUUAUUUCAUCAACUUUAAGAUGUGUAAAGUAUUUCUUAAAUUUUCCAUUAAUAAA